AUGGACUACACUCAACAAUUUGCAGAACUUGACACCGAUCACAAUGGUCUUAUUAACUAUGACGAUUUUUUGAAUGUGUUCAAAGAAGGCUCUGAUAACAACAAUAAACAUUUUAAAAUUAUGUUUGACAUCGCAGACAUUGAAGAAAAUGGGUCUUUAAAUGUUAAUGAAUUCGUCCGUUUGAUGACUACCAUAAAAGGAAUAGAUAACGAUUCUGAUCGAUCUGUUUACUCUGCGAUAUUUCAUUUACUUGACGAAGAUAACAGUGGAAAUCUUGAACUUAAUGAAUUGGUUAGAUUUAUGAAAGCCGUUAAAGUUGAAAUUGGUGAAGAAGAACUCAAAAACGCAAUGGGAGAUAUGGAUGCUGAUAAGGAUGGAAAGGUGGGUUGUGAAGACUUACUUAAAUAUUUACUUGAUUAA